AUUGGCUGAUAGUGUCAUAUUUAGCUCUGCAGCAAAGAUUAAAAUGUUCAUGAGGGAUUUUCCUGUGGUAGCUAUGGGACAGGUGUUAAAUUUGUACUUGAAGGAACUGACUUUAUUUCCAUGCGCAUAGUUCAGCAUGUAUAAAAGAAAUUAAGGCUUAAUGUUAUAAAAAAAAGGUUUUCUUGAUUUCUUUGUUAUUCAAUAUAACCCUAUUUUUUUUAUACACAAAUAUAAAUAUUUGUACUUUUCUUACAGUCUCAUCCUGAACAUUACCAAAUUUUAUGCAUGCACUGUUAUAAUAUUGAUUUUAUUUAAAGAUAUUUGAAUACAUAAAUUUACUUAUACAUAAGUGUGAUCAACAAAAACUUAUGACUUUACAUUUGUUGUGAUAGAGCCAAAAAUGGAAAGAAAAAAACAAAAGAUAAGAAAGAAAAAACCAAGGAUUCAAACAACACCUGAUCAUACAUCAAGUCAUGUCUCGGCCCCUGAAGAGUUGACAACAGAGGUGGUGGCACUCAAACAUGGAGACACCAGAACUGGGGCAAAGAAACUUUCACCUGAUCAAACAUCAAGUCAUGUCUUGGCCUGUCAAAAAAUGACAACAGAGGGGUUGGCACUCAAGCCUGGAGACACCAGACCUGGGGCAAAGAAACUUUCACCUGAUAAAAAAGCUAGUUAUGUCUUGGCCCAUCAAAAAAAGGCAACAGAGGUGGUGGUACUCAAACCUGGAGACACCAAACCUGGGGCAAAGAAACUUUCACUUGGUAAAAAACCUAGUCAUGUCUUGGCCCGUCAAAAGAUGACAACAGAGGUCGUGGCACCUGAACCUGGAGACACCAGACCUUGGGCAAAGAAACUUUCACCUGAUCAAACAUCAAGUGAAUUCUCGGCCCGUCAAAAAAUGACAACAGAGGUGGUGGCACUCAAACCAGGAGACACCAGACAUAAGACAAAGAAACUUUCACCUGAUCAAACAUCAAGUCAUGUCUUGGCCCGCCAAAAAGUGGUGGCAUUCAAAGCUGAAGACACCAGACCUGAGGCACAGAAACAAUAUUAUUACACUUGGGUUUUUAUAUUAUUCUUAUUAUUUUUAAGUAUAUUUUUUAUACUUAUUAUUUUCUUUAAAAAUUACUAAUCUUGUAUGAGUUACUGUAAAUAACGAUGUAAAAAUCUGGCUAUAAAGUAACUGUUAAAAUGUUUGGUUAAAGUUUGUUUAGAAAUACACAUAAGGCUGCAAGCAAGUGGAAAGUAAGGAAAUGUAUGCUAUGUGUUUCUGACAGUUUGCCUUUACAGCUGGUCUUAAAGGAACAAUAAAUCUAAUUAAGAAACAAAAAAAAACGAUUUUGGACCCUAUAUAGAUACAAAACCUAAGAAUAUUUGUGUAUGCAGCAAGUGGACCUCACAACAACUGAAUGUUGGAAAUGAACCCCAUAAGUGACCAAAAAACUAACAUAAACUUUUUAACAUUCAAAUUCGUUUAAACAAAAAUGUUUUUUAUGUUUGGUAUUUUUUUAUAGUGCUUCCUGAUUUUUUUCACACCUCUAGCACCUUUACAAAUGGUGGACCCCACAACUUGCUAAAAAACUGUUGGGCCCCUCAAAGGGGGAAUGCAAGUAUGUGUGUGUGUGUGUGUGUGUGUGUGUGUGUGUGUGUGUGUGUGUGUGUGUGUGUGUGUGUGUGUG